GCGCGCCCGGCCCGACCCAGCGCGGCGGCGGCGGCGGCGGCGGCGGCGGCGAUGCGGAGCCGGGGCGAGCGGAGCUGCGGGUAGACGGAGCUGUGCCGCGUCCACCCAUCAGGCCCGGCCGCAGACUCCAUAGAUUCUCAUCUUGGCAAUCUGAAAAAUGCAUUAUCUUAAGCCCCUGUUGAAGUGAAAAGUUAUCCAGCAAAUCGAUUCCAUACAGCAGUCAGCAAUGCCUGUGGCUGGGGUCCGGCAAAAACUUCCAAAGCAUUUUAAAUAAAGUGAGCCAAAGAAAAUAGCAUCAUCACUGCAAAAAUGUAGCUUAAUUUGCACGUUAGGAAAAAAAAAAAAUCCCCAUCCCAUUCCAGCAAAAUAUUAAGCAUUUUACUGGAGAAGCUUGGACAUAACAUAAAUCUUUGUAGACAACUUGGCUGCAAGCAGUUAAACUGAAAUAAACUUCUGCCUUCUGGCUGCAGUGCUGGUUUGAGGUUUUUGCGUGACACUCUGCAGACUAAAUCAUGCCAGCUUUAUCAACUGGAUCUGGAAGUGACACAGGUCUGUACGAGCUGCUGGCUGCAUUGCCAGCCCAGCUGCAGCCACAUGUGGACAGCCAGGAAGACCUGACCUUCCUCUGGGAUAUGUUUGGUGAAAAAAGCCUUCAUUCACUGGUGAAGAUUCAUGAAAAACUGCAUUAUUAUGAAAAACAGAACCCGGUGCCCAUACUCCAUGGUGCAGCAGCCUUGGCAGAUGAUCUGGCUGAGGAGCUGCAGAGAAAACCACUGAGCAGUGAGAUUAGAGAGCUGCUGAAACUCCUUGCAAAACCCAAUCUCAAGGCUUUGCUCUCUGUACAUGAUACUGUUGCUCAGAAGAACUACGAUCCUGUCUUGCCCCCCAUGCCUGAUGAUAUUGAUGAAGAAGAGGAUUCAGUUAAAAUAAUUAGGCUCGUCAAAAACCGGGAACCGUUGGGAGCUACUAUUAAAAAGGAUGAACAUACUGGUGCAAUUGUGGUGGCCAGGAUAAUGCGUGGAGGAGCUGCAGAUAGAAGUGGGCUUAUUCAUGUUGGUGAUGAACUGAGGGAAGUCAAUGGGAUUCCUGUAGAUGAUAAAAAGCCUGAAGAAAUAAUACACAUUUUGGCUCAGUCUCAAGGAGCCAUUACAUUUAAAAUUAUACCCAGUGUGAAGGAAGAAAUGCCAAUGAAGGAAGGCAAGAUGUUUAUCAGAGCCUUAUUUGACUAUGAUCCUAAUGAAGAUAAAGCAAUUCCUUGUAAAGAAGCUGGACUUGCUUUCAGAAAAGGAGAUAUCCUUCAGAUCAUGAGCCAGGAUGAUGCAACCUGGUGGCAAGCCAAACAUGAAGGUGAUGCCAAUCCCAGAGCAGGCUUGAUCCCUUCAAAGCAUUUCCAGGAGAGGAGAUUUGCACUAAGAAGACCAGAAGUGCAGGUUCAGCCACUGAAAAUUUCCAACAGAAAAUCAUAUGAGGAAGCGGUUGAGUGUGAGGAAAUUGAAGAAGAUGCUGAAUGUUCUGGUCACAACAGUGGAUCCUAUCUAGCUGGUUUUAGAAGAAGCUUUCGUCUUAGCAGAAAAGAUAAAAAAACAAACAAGUCCAUGUAUGAGUGCAAGAAGAGUGAUCAGUAUGAUACAGCAGAUAUCCCAACCUAUGAAGAAGUUGCAAAAUAUAGACGACAACCUAAUGACAAAUACAGGCUUGUUGUUUUGGUUGGUCCUGUAGGGGUUGGACUGAAUGAACUUAAACGGAAAUUGCUCAUCAGCGAUACCCAGCACUACGGGGUAACAGUGCCACACACUACCCGUCCAAGGAGAAGCCAAGAAAGUGAUGGUGUCGAAUACAUUUUCAUUUCCAAGCACUUGUUUGAGACAGACGUACAGAAUAACAAGUUUAUCGAGUAUGGCGAGUAUAAGAACAACUACUAUGGUACAAGUUUAGACUCUGUUCGAUCAGUUCUAGCUAAAAACAAGGUUUGUUUGUUGGAUGUGCAACCUCAUACAGUGAAACACUUGCGGACGUACGAGUUUAAACCAUUUGUUAUAUUUAUAAAGCCUCCAUCACUUGACCGUUUGAGAGAGACCAGAAAAAAUGCCAAGAUUAUUUCAAGUAAAGAUGAUAAGGGAACUGCAAAACCCUUUACAGAAGAAGAUUUUCAUGAAAUGAUUAAAUCUGCCCAUGUGAUGGAGAGCCAGUAUGGCCACCUUUUUGACAAGGUGAUAGUCAACGAUGACCUCGCUACAGCUUACAGUGAGCUUAAAACAACUUUUGACAGGUUGGAGACCGAGACCUUCUGGGUUCCUGUCAGCUGGCUGCACUCAUAGUAACGUUUUAAGUAGAAAAAACCUCUGUUGUGGUAUCAGCAUCUAAACCUGGGGCAUGGUUAGGCUUUACUCGAUGGCCAUUUUCUUGGGAGGAGGGCUUUUAACUCUACUGAGCAGCAGGUAUACUCUUCAUGCACUUGGAACUGGUCCUGUUUUCCUGUGUCUUCAAUUCUCUUGCCCACAAUUUGGGGCAGAACAGUCAGAUUAUACCAGAGAUUUACUGUGCUCCAUAAAGUGAGCUAAUACUAGUGUAGCAAAACUGCCAAACACCUCUUUAUCAACAUCUGUGUUUCUCCAAGGUGAGUGUUUUUAACAGAGAGUUUGCAGAAGAUAGAAAUCAAUGCUGGAGAUCAGCACUUCAAUGGUUUUAGGCAUAACUGUUCCUAUAAAAGAGCACAUCAGCACUUGGAAGUUAUUGCCCUUUUAAUGUUUGAGAGAACUGAAACAGGCAAAAGUGACCAACAUUUUUAUGAGGAAGACAUCAUAAUUUUAAUUAUGCAUCAGUGUGUUUUCACUUUUCUAGAUGUGAACCUUGUCUUACAUGUACAGACUGAUUUAAGUAUUCCUUUGCAAUUACAUAAUCAUGUGAAGAAAGAUGUACUCAGUGGCUUAAUUGUGAAAUACUCAGCUGUGAGUAUGCAUGGAUUGAAAAUACUUUCACACAUGCUCUGUGGCACAACAAAGAAAAGUCAUGGGAAUAAUUAUUUAAAUAGGAAAAAAUGUGAGUUGGUGUGUGUAUAUAACUUCAAAGUCUUUGGGAUUAAACUUCUGUAAAAUCAGUGGCAAAGUGAUACGAAUAGCAACAAAAUAGAGAAUAAUUUUUUUCCUCCUUUAAAUUGAUUUCAAAUAUUUUUUGGCAUGCUUUAGAACAAUUUUCCCAUCAGAAAUUUUCAAACAGUGAGGAAACCUUGGACAUCUGAGAAGCAGUUGAAAGAGAUAAAUUCUUUUUAUUGUCGAGUAUAUAGUGAUACUUUCUAGUAGUGUAACAUGUAUUUUGUCUCCACUCAAAAAUAAAUUAAUGCUGUAGAGUUCUCUAUAAAAAACAUCCUUGACACUUUGACACUGGUCAGACAGUUGGAAACCCUGUUUCAAGAUCUGAUGUGUCAGUGUAAGCAAAUGUAUAUUAGAGGAUGUAUUUUUAAUAUAGAUAAUUUGGUAUUUUUCUUUAUUUACUACUGAUAUGCAGCAAAUGAGUACAGAUGUAAAGACCAAGUAACACCUGUGUGUUGUGUUGUGAAUAUGUCUUGUAAGUACAGAAUGUGUAUAGGAACUUGCUGACUUCAGAUCUUCCCAUCUGUGGUAUUCAAACAGGAAACCAUUAUUUCAUGUUAAUCUGUAAAGAGAAUAUAGCUCUCUUGUUUAAAGAAAGAAUAAUUUAGUGAAACUUUAUAUAUUUAUGAAAGGGUUGAAAAGGGAUGUUAAGUUUUAAAAUUUCUUGUCAAUGUGAUCAUUUAUUAAAGAGAUUACUAAGUCUGUAAUUUGAAACAGUCUCUGUAAAUGGAGCUCAACAUUCCAUGUAAAUAUUUUAUUUCAGUUCGUAUGCUGAUAAAGCCAUCAGGUUUUGCAGUUUUAUUCUAAAUGUGUAUUUAAUGUGUGGGCCAUUGCAUUUGGCUUAGAGUCUUAUAAAACAAAUGAAAUGUAAGAAACAACAGCAAAAUCCCUAGGAGUCUGGAAAUGUUUAUGCAAGAGUUACAGAUGUACUGAGUCCCAGUAUGGAUACAUACUCUGCUUGAACAGCCCUACUGUAACUUCUGUCAAAUUUCACCAUUUUCCUGGUGGACUUAAACUUUUUUUGUAACAUAAAUAGGAAUUUGUUGAUUAAAUUAACUGCACAGAGAUUAUCUGAGUUGAGAAGACAUUUUCUAUUUUUUUUUUUUAUUACUGAAAAUCAAACUAUUUUUCAGGGGAUAUGGAAUUCAGUGGGUCAGUUUGCCUUUGAGAUGCCAGGUGCCUUCACCAUCUCUUGAAAUGGAGAGGACACUCGGCAUCUCUCAGGAUCUGGCCAUCUCCAGCAGAAGGGGCUUUAGUCCUCACUAAAACACUAUUAGCACUGCUUCUAACCUUGGCUGUCUUGGAACAUUGGGGUACAAUAAUGCUCACAUAAAGGACCUGCUUUUCUCUUUAUGAAGUAGAUGCUAGAAUAAUCUGCAAACUCCCUGGUAGGGACAGUUCUGGCUGUCCUGCAGGCUGUUUUUCCUGUCUUUUUGAAAUUAAUUUAAUUCCCAUUCCUGGGUCAGUGUGGUCUAGGAGGGUCUUGUGCACAGCUUUGCUGUCCUGGGCAGCAGUAAGCAGCGUGGUGCUCAGCUGCAUUCCCAGAGACACUGACCCUCUGAUCCGCGGCACAGUCCUGGCAGGAGUCUCCCAGACCGAUGGCUGCCUGCCCUGUCUCUGAGCCAGGAGCUAAUUCCUGAAUAGUAACACCUGCAAAAGAAAGGGAAUCUCAAAAAUACAGAUCCAACCAACAGAGUAAAAUGUGCACAGUCUUUGAGGAGCUAGAAAUGGUUUUAAUUACAUUACUAAAUUGCUUUUGAAAAAUCAACAUUAUUGCAGUGUUAACUUCAAAAGCUAAAAAUCAAAGCCCUCCACGAGGCAGGCAGAGAUGACAGUAAGUCUAGGCAAAAAAAUUUUAGCCCAACAGUUUCAACAGGACAGGAGCCUGCUUAUCAGGAUGGAUGCUGAGCCUGUGUGCUGAACUAUUCUGGGAUACCAAGGGGAACAGGGGGGUGGAUUGUUCCUUUGACUCCUAAGAAUUUGGGAAUGAAGACAACUAAACAUGUUUCCAAUAUUCCACAUAUUCAAGUUCUGCUGUGUGGGUUUUUAGAGAAAUAUAUGUUUUGACAGUCAAGUCCAGAUGUUUUUAUUGUGUUCUAGCUGUUUGCUGUAGUUAAACAAAGGGUAGUACUUUUUAAUAUUGUACCAAGCUCUAUACUUGAAUUCACCAUCAGGUCCUUGGUUGAUGUCUUACCUGAAAUCUGAUCUUACCUUCUUAUGCAAAACAAUAAAUUAUUGAUAUAUCA